AUGUUCAAGGAGUACCGUAUGACCGAGCAUCAGCCGACUCCUGAACCUCAUGAACUUCACGACGGCGAGGUUUCUUUUUUUCGAAUUCUAUUCCCUAGAAUAUGCUGUUAGAGAAGAAAAAUCUGAGAUCUGUUGAGCUGACUCGCAUUCAUAAGUACUUGUUUUUCUCAAAACUCAAUUUUUUGAAAUAAAAAGCUAUUAAAAAACUUGAAAAUGCCUUCUAGUUUGAAUUUUGCUGAAAUUGGCUUUUUUUCUAUUGAUUAAUGUGCUUAAACUUAGAUGAAGCCAAAAAAAGAUCCAGUAGUUAGUUAAAAAUUCAGCAAAUUGUACGUUCCCUCCAUUCAAUUUCAAGGUUAAAGUGCAUAACUUUUGAAGGUUCGAAAAAUUCUCUUGCUGCCCAACAACAGCUCCGACAAAGUGCACGAAACAGUGAGUGAGCAGCUCUGCAGCCUGAACGACUUCAUUCAGUCCAAAAUAAACGAGUACAGAGAGGUAAAAACGGCUCAGAAGACGUUUUGGUCAGUCAAAAUCUUCAGAUUGUACAGCAAAACUCGCCAGCCGUUUUUGUUGUCAACUAUGUACAGAAUCGAUUCAUUGCCAGCGAGUUUUGUUCUGAAAUCGCCAAGGUUUUCGGUGUCGUCAAGUGCAGAACCGUCGAUGAUCUGACUUCCAGUCUCAAGGAUCUCAAAGAAGACCAAGAACUGAGUGAGUGACGCAAGAAAUAUCGACUACAACAAGCCAAAAAAAGAAGGAAGAACAGACAAUAGACGACGUGUUCAGAGCAAUAACAAACACUACAAAAUUGGCGAUAAUUCGCGGUCCUGGAAAAAAAUUUUAAAAAAACUAUAUAUUUACAACUACCUGAAAAACGGAUAUAAAAUUUUCGAAAAAUAAAAAGUUCUUACCAGGGAAUGGUCUUUGGAUGCAGUGGGACUUCUCAAUGAGACCAGCUUUUCUAGAUGUAGUUUUUUACGCUGAUUGAGCUUUUUUUUUGGAGGGUAUGUACUACAUAUGUAGACACAGGCGAAUCGAGAAGAUACCAUAAUGUGUCUACAAAGGUACCUCUCAAAAUGGAUCGUGAAGGCCCCAUAAUGUGUCCGUCGUGAGACCUCCGGCAUACCUUUUAGCUAUAUCUGGCCAUCUCGGAGGAACUUGAGAGUCUCCCUCAAGUCUAUCUCGUUUUGCUCAGUCUUCACAGGUAUACUCGAGGUACCAUCGUAAGACUUCAGAGCUUGCGAUGUUCCUCAAAGGAUCUCGCGAUACCCUUUCUCGAUUCGCAUAUGGAUCUUGUCCCUCUGGUUACAGAAAAUCAAAUAUUUUUCAGGGAAGAAAAAUUUGGAGCGCAGAUAUGAUUUUUCAAAGCUCCUCCAAAUAUAAGAUGUGGUAUGAAAGUAAUAUGUUUCAUGUAAUCAGAAGACCGAGAUCUUUAAGCCUCCUAAAAAUGAGCUCAAACGGAGACACUGGAAUUUUCAACUUUUGAGGGUCCAUAACUUUUUGGAACAUUAGUCUUAUCCUUUUUGGAGAAAUAUGAUUCCGUUAUAACUUGACCAAUACAGUUGACAGUGAAAAAAAAAGAAUUAAAUUAACUGAUGGUUCUUUUUGGCUAGUUGAAAAUCUUAGCAGCGACUUGAAAACCAUAUUGAAUGGAGACUUCAAGUUUAGUUACCUUUUUUGGUCCAGAAAAAAAACUGCUUUACCGGCGAUCAUAGAAAUGCAAAUAAUUAAAAAAAAAAAGCAAACCCACCAAUAAAACUAAAAAAAAGUUUAGAACCGACAGUAGAAACUCUCGAAGAGACGAUUUCACAAUGGAACGACUUCCUGAAAGACAUCGACGACACACUCGACGCGACCGUCGGUCCGUGCAAUAACAGCGCCCGUCACGAAAAAGGUUUUUCCCGAUUGAAAUCAUUCGGUGACAAUAAAAAGUGAAUUAAAUCAGAUUCAUCGACUUUUUUAGUACACUCGAUGUUUGAAAAUAGUAACGCACUUCACCGAAUUCGGCUAGCAUUUACAGACUGUAGUGAAAAAUCAGCAGCUUUUGGUAAAAUUUCAAUUUCUAGAGAAAAUUUCCACGUUUAGUCACGCACAAAAAGUUAUUGACAAAAAAAAGGGGAGCAAAUUUCAGAAUGCGAUGUAGCUGAACUAGAUCUUCAGAGUAAAACUAUUUCAUAUUACGUACAAGGGAGUCCUUUCGACCUCGUUUUAAUCGUCGUAGUGAGGUUUAGAGCCACAAAUUCCAUGUAAACUCCUGUUUUUGAGGUCCUUCAACAAACCGGAAGUGAACGAGCACAUCCUUUGUCUGUACAAAAGCAUCGACGAGUUGCGAAGACAUGGCUGUGACGUUUUUCUCCUCACACGUGGGCCUCCGAUAGGCUCCAGAGGUUUGAAAAAAGGAUUGGAGUCGAAAUUGAAAGAAGUCUGAAGGAGGAGCCUACAUCAAGCUGAUCGGAGUGCCCUUUCGAAAACUUUACGACAACCAAGAAGCCGAAGUCGAGCUCAAGACUCACAGGAAGUCUGCUGUGAAGUUGUCGAGUUGGGAAGUUUUGUGCAAGGUGAGGAAAAACACAAACUGCUCUAUCAAUUAAUCCGCAGAUGGUGGAAAUGUCGGCGGUUCAAGACGUUAACACAGGCACGCAGCCGUCGGAUGAACCUUUAUCUUUUAUAUCGCAAAAGGUGAGUACAAAAUAAAUGUUGCGAUAGAGUGUGGUCCACGCGAGACGAUGACGUUUAAAAAACCCUUUCAAUGAACAUCCAAAAACGGAGUUCUCGAAGCGAAGCUUGGUCAAACUUGGCCAAGUAACGGAAGAACAAGAUCGGAGUUUUCCACAGAAAAAAAAAUAAACUACUUGCAGGGUGGAACUCUUCUUGUGAACAAGUCUGGAGAAGUCAUCUACAAACAUAUAGAGGAAGACGGAUCUCCUUCGUGGCCCAGUGUCGAGGAAAUCAUUCUCAAAGUCGAGUCAAGUCAGAAAGUGAGACCUAAAAAAAUACUUCAUAUUAAUAAAAUCACCUUACAGAAUAAAAAAGGUGUCUCUCCUUCGCCAACGCCUAAGCCAACAGGAAACCUCGCAAAGGUCGACUCCGAGAUCUCUGUCGGGAAAGAAGUUCUUCCCGAAAAAAGCAAGCCGUGCUGUACAAUAUUAUAAUAUGUCUGAAGAAUCUAUUCAAUUUAAUAAAAAAAUUUAAAACUCGUUUCGAUCAGAAAAAAAUCAACCCAUUUUUCUGAAAAAUGCGUUCAAAAAAAUGACAGUGUUUGAUUCAAAAAGUAAAAUUACGUAAGAAAUAAAAAGCCGACUAAGGUAAAUAUAUUUUUUUUUCGUUCGAGAACUGUUGUCAACUUCUAACGAAAAUAUCUUCCCUUGAAACGCAUAAAAGAGAUGUUUUGAGAGUCAAAAGUCCCUCUACAACGCCAAUUACAAUAAUACGAAUAAAGUUAAUGAAAGAUUUGGAACCCUAAAGCGGAUACUUGGAGAGGGGUCAACAGUUUUGUGAGGAAACCAUGCCCUAAUGCAAACUGGGGCGCACUUUUGUCCUAUUGUCAUCGGGGUCGUUCCGUCCGUCAUUUCAGCUUUUCAUAAUCUUGUUUUGACUUUUUUGUUAAUAGACUUAUGCCGCCUUUGAAGUAAUUCUGGAGCAAAAAAAUGAAAAUAAAAAAAAAUUUUUUUGAUUAAAAAAAUAACGUCUUAUCUUCGCUGCUCUUUUUAGAUUUUUUCUACGGAUUUUUUGACAAUGAAAAAAAGCACACAAGGGGGGUAGGUUUAUAAUUUUUUUGGCUCAGAAAGCUUUUUCGAAAGCUGCACUUAUGUUCUGUUUGUGGUAUUUCAUAUAUGGAACUUUCACUCAUUUUUCUUAUUGUUUCAGUUAUUUUUCAUUUAAAGGCCGCUGUUUCUUUGGAUGUUGCCCAGCUCCGAUAAUGAGAAUGGCUCAGCGCUCGGUUCGCGUAAAGACAGUAUUGUUUCUAUGGAUACAUCAGAGCUAGUGAGUUUAGAGCGUUCGUUGCCUUACCUACUGUUCAUUUUUUUAUUUUUCAGUCAAGUGGCAAAAACUUGAUGGGAUUAGACUCAUUGAUUCUUCGGGUUUUUGGUAUUAGUAAUAUUCCGGAUGGAGGGUCUGGCCGAGAGUCUUCGGUUGACACAGUUCUUCGAGUGAACAAUAUCGACUCCUCGGAUCCUGGUUUAAAUAUAUACUUAUUUAUUGAUUUUUAGUUCAGUCUUCAGAAGAAGUAAACCGGUCAAUAAUUUAUGAGAUUUUGUUUGAUUUUGUUUCGAAAACAGCAACUUCUACGAAUGAUCAAGGACAGUCUUUCAUGUCACACGGUAAGGCUUUUUAACAAGAAUUUCAUUCAUAUUUCGAUUUCAGAAGGUCUGGGCAAGCAACUCGGGUAUCCAGAAUUCGACAGCAUAACGGGUUCAAAAGGGCACAACGCUUUGCAGAUUUUGAUUGCAAUGGCUACUCGGCUCAAUCACGAGACGAGAAAAGUUUUGAAAACUGAGAGAAUAACAGAAUAACUGUUUUUUCAAAGGAAUCUAAAGAGGAAGAAGUUUUGCUCAACGUCGUUAGAAACGCCAUAUUCAGCAAUAUCAUUUCUCUUCUACGCGGCCACUACGCCCCAUUGUAAGGAGCAAUUUCAUAGCUUUUCUUAACCAAUUUAUAUCUUAAGCGUAAGCGGUCACGAAGCGCGACUCUCGUUGACAUGUCGCAUAUAUGAAGAUUUGAUAGCCGAGUGGUUUCUUGUAGGUGUCGUCGAGCACGCUAUCAACGCGGAUUCGAGCGACCCCGACGCUUUGAAAGAGGUGUCUCUCCUGAAAUGUCUCAAGAACUUUCUAUGUUGAGGUUUUCGUCCCGAUUCUCCAACAACAGCACAAGUCGAUGCUGAUGCAAAAGUUCGAAAUGGACAAGGAGGACAAGCUUUUCUUGUUCCGCUGUUUGAUUCGUCUUCUUUCUGUGAGAGUCAGCGACAUGCGGCGGCCUCUAUGCGAUUUGGUCAGUUUUAUGAGCAGUUUUCAUGUAUUUCCAGCCUUUUAGUUGGUGAGCGAAUUGGGUUUCCAUUGGUCUCCGUUGACGGAAAGCCCCGGCCGAGAAGUCGCCCUAUUCUCUUAUUUGGGACCUUUUUUCAACUACGGCAUUCCGGCAGAUCUCACUAGGGUUCACUCUCAAUUUUUUACAAUUUUUCUAUUUUCCGUUUCAGAACGCAGCAACUUUCUUCAAAUGCUUCGGCAGCGAAUAUCCCAAAAAAAGCGAAGCCGAUAUGGUGUUCAAUGGAAUCAGAACCAGAUUACAUAACAUCCAAGUUUUUUUAAAUAUCUGAUUUGCGAAAAUUGCAAUAAUGAAGGACUACCUUCAUACAAUACUCCAUCAACUGGUAUUGAACGGUCCGACAAGAAAAGAAACGCUCAGUUGGAUCGAGAAUCUUCUGAAUUCCAACAAGAAACGUGUUCAGAUGAGGGUGGGAGACCAAGAAUUUAGUGGACGAAAGAAAGCUUUUGCAGGCGGAUUUCACCAAAUUAGCUCCAAAUGCCUUUUUUUACAACCUUCAAUGUACCUUGUUCGCUUUGUCAAACAAGAUUACACUCGAUAAGGUUUUUUCGAAAUAAAGAAAAUAUGUAGAUUGUUUUUCUAGGUGAAUCCGAACUACCCAUUCCAGUCAAACUCGAAAGUGGAUAUUUCCGAAGUAACUCGGCUCAAAAUGGAUCUUCAACAGGCAAAGGAGUUCUCUGAAAGUCUUCGUCAGUUUUAUUUUAUCAAUGCAUCUCUUUAUAUAAUGUUAUUCCGAUUGAGAAAUGCAGCUUUUUUCAAGUUUCUACAAGUAAAAGCGAAAAAAAAAAGUUUGAAAUGUGUCUCAAAAAAGUUUCCUCAAAGAAUGAGCUGUUCGGGAAUUUCUCAGUUUUAUUCGAAAAAUUUCGAUCCUUUGUCUCAAAAGAAAUUACAAUCUGACUUUGCACAUUUUCCUUAAUUUGCUCAAAUCUUUAAUUAUUUUUUAAGUUCAGUAGUGAGAUUUCUUUGAUCUUUGGAACAAAUAAAGAUAAGUUUUCCCAAAGUUUUCUGAGCGAAUUUUGAACUUCGUUACCACAACGAAACUUUAAUCUUCUUUAAAAGUUUUUUCACAAAACCGAAGGUUGGAAGAAACCAAUGUGUUCCUGAAAAACUUGAUGGAUCUCUAUGAAAUCCAAAGAAAGGUUUCUGUAUGUUUCAACGAUUCCAGCUGCGGUAGAAGAGGAAAAGUUCACGACAGAGUGUUUCUUCAUGACUGCGCACGGUCAACAUCUUGUUCUGCAGCCAAUGUUGGAGCAAGCGCGCUCCCUCAAGAACCAAAUGUACGAAGGCCGAGAGCGACUGCAGGUUUCCCGCAAAUCGUGCCUCUAUUUCUUUUUUUUUUCAGCGUAUCGAACAAGAAGUUAGAGAUCUUCCCAACAAUGCGAUGGCACAAGCAAACAUGCAGCAGUUGCAGAACGAACUCAACCAGCGCAAGAAAUUCCAGGCGGUUUGAAGAAGGAAUUUCCUCAGCUGCCAACUCGACGUUUUUCCAGAAAAUGGUGCAGAUGCAAAUGUCCUACGAAUGCCUUAUCAAGGAUUCGCGAUUCAUCGAAUGUUCUAUGGACUUUACAGCGAAACAAAUGGCUCUCGUUUUCAAUGUUUUGUGCAAAGAGUCGUCAGUUUGUUUUUGUUACGAGUUUUUGAAAAAUGAAGAGGAAUGGCAGUGGGCAUCGGAAUAUUUUCAAUUUUCGACAAUAUGCUUCUCAAAUUGAGUUAAAAGUUUUGUCACACAAUUUGAAAAAAAAAAUUCUAUCCAUGAUUUUUCCAAAUGGUUGGGUGAAUAUUUGAUCGAUGAGCUUGAAGUUCUUGGAAAGGUAGUAUCGAAUGUUCAGCGUUACUGAAAUCACGUCAAGCGGAGGCGCUUCACUGCCAGCCGAGGCUCCGCGUAUGUUCUGCGCUUUCCCCGAGUUCUACAUAGAAGACGUGCUCGAUCUGAUCGUCCACGCCGGCAAGCAUGCUCCAGAAAUCGUCAUGUCUGACCGCUACGAAUGGCCGCUUCAGUUGCUCAUCCUUCUCUGCUCUCCUCAUUACUUCAGCAACCCCUACCUCGCCGCAAAGGUAUCUUCUAUCUCUACGGAUUCCGAUUCAGCCUUUUUGAUCACUUCCUCGAUUUUAUGAAGAGAACUCGAACAAAUGUUUAAUCUGCACUUUUAGGUGGUGGAAGUAUUCUCAAACCUGGCACCCACCUUCAAUAACGUUUCCAUGCUUCUAUGGGAACAAAUGAUACGGACGCCGAUUUGCAGCCAACGGCUCAUGCCCUCUCUCAUCAAGUACUACAGCGACUGUGAAAAUACUGAUUUUUAUGAGAAGUUCAAAGUUCGGCGUAAUAUCCAGGUGCUUCCAUGCUACCUUGGAACUCUGCUUAUAUUUUUGAGCUUUAGGUUUGCUUUGACUGUCUCCGACAGGACGGGAUUUAUCACAGACAUCUGAUCGACCUCGCCAGGUUCUUUUGGCGACUUUUGAUUAAUGACUUAAGAUAAAUUGAAGGGAAUGUGGACCCGAGUUCAUAAGAUUCAUCAACAUGGUGAUCAACGACGCUACUUUUCUGAUCGACGAGAGUCUUUCCGGCCUGAAGAGGAUCCACGACAUCGAGAAGCUGCAGGAGCGCGCCGAAGUGUGGGCGGCGCUUUCCGACGAGGAGCGAGAUCAGAAGCAGGGCGCCAUGGACGAGGCCAAAAGAAAUGUUCGUUUUCUCAGAAAUAACACCUAUCUAAAAAGUGCUAUCUAAAAAAAACUUUCGAAGUUUGCAGUAAGAUUAUUUUGAAGCUUAUUUUAACAAGCUUGCUCUCAGAGGAAACUUUGGCGGUUGAAGGGAAUAUUUAAAUUAGGAUUGACUGCCCAAAACCUAAUAAUAAAGUUAUUAACUGGAAAUUGAUGUUUCAAAACUUGAUCUAUUUUUACGCCUAUUUCUAGCAAAUAUGAUAAUAGAAACUAAUAAUUCUAAGAUCGGCGAAGAAAAAACUUGAUAUUUCUACUUGAAAAAGUUGAAUUAGGUGCGUUCGUGGCUUUCCUACAGCAUCGGAACCCUGAGCCUCUUGGAGUUUCUGACGACAGACGCUCCCCAGCCUUUUGAGACGAUUUUGGGAGAAAGACUGGCCGCCAUGCUCAAUCACAACAUCAAGCAGUUGUGCGGCAAGAAAUGCAUCGAAUUGAAGGUUUGCUUUUUCUUUGACUUUUUCCUAGAAGAUUAUCUUCAGGUCAAAGAUCCCGUCCCUAGAUAUCAAUGGGAUCCUAGAAAAUUCACCGCAAUGCUUCUGAGUAUUUAUCUAAAUUUGGCAUCGGACAAGUUCGCACAGUUCAUUGCGUACGACGAGCGUUCCUACACUCCAGAAAUGAUGAAAGAAGUCUUGUCCUGCAUUCGGAAUCACAACCUCGUCGUACCAAGCCAAUAUGAGCGGUCCUCGAUUUUGAAUCAGCUCUUUUACUCAUUUUUUAUUUUUCAGCUUCUAUUCUUUGUCCGAACUUGUUGAGAAAAAAUACCAAAGCAAAGCACAGAUGGAAAUGGAAUUGGACGACGCGCCGGAAGAGUUCAAAGGUUUUUUUGUUGUUGAUCGAAGCCUCGUAGAUUUUGUAACUACUCAGUCAUAAAUUUCAUUCUUCAGUGAAAAAUGACUUCCAUUUUCACUUAUGAAUGAGCUACUAAUUUUUUUGAUCAUAAUAUCGAGACCAAAAUUAUCAGAUCGAUCUAUUUCAGAAUUCCAGUGUUGUUUUAUAGCAUAUUUUCCACGAAACAAUCUGACCUGCCUGCGUUCCUUAUUCCUUUAUUAACAUCGAUGUCAUAGAAACAGGAAACCUUUACAGCUAAGGACUAGAGAGUCGUAGAGUGAAAAUAGAUAACAGUUGGGCUAGACGGAUCCAAACCGCGGCGAAAGAUAAUGAUAGCUUGAGAACCGCCAGUUUUCAAAGACUGACUGAACUUGAAAAAUAGUUUUGGUCAAAAAACGACUUUUGUGAGGGAAGUACUGUAGAGUGAGACUUGGUUUUCAGAUCCGGUGAUGGACACGAUAAUGGAGGACCCAGUCCUUCUGCCGUCGGGACACGUCAUGGACCGCAAAAUAAUCGAGCGACAUUUGCUUACGACGCCCAACAAUCCGUUCAAUCGCGCCCCAUUGAACGUUUCUGACCUCGUGCCACGUUUAUUUUCGCUUUUUCUUCUCAACCUCGACAAUAUGUUUCAGAGCCAGAAUUGCUACAAAGAAUCAAGGAUUGGAUCGCCGCAAAGAAAGCCGCCGCUUCUUCCAGUUGA